GUGUACGUAGCCGCGAUCUACAUGACGCGUGCUCGCACUAUCAGUCGAUUGCGCAGCCGCAUUGUAGUCCAGUUACUGGCAAAUAAUUCCUUCUGAGCCUGCGCCGAGCGUCGCUUGCAAUCUGCAUCGCUGCACACCUCUCCGGCAUCACACAGCAAACCAUGCACCUCGCAACCACCGCAGCAAUCAUCGCCACAGCCCAAGCCCUCGUCGCGCCGACACCACAAAAAGCAAGCACACGCCUGCACGGCCGCGCGAACAAACUCGUGAUUUGGGACUGCGACGGCGUCCUCGUCGACUCCGAGGCUUUGCUCAAGCGCGCCGAGGUCGACGCUUUGAAAGCGGCGGGCUUCGACGACGUCGACGAGGACGCCUGCAAUCGGUUGUUUAGCGGCUUCGCGCCGGAGGCCGGCGCCGUCAAUUUUGAAAAGGAGUACGGGAAACCUUUACCGGAGCACUUCUUCAGAGAUCAAAUAAAAAAUUCCGAACAACUCUUCAGAGAUAAAUUGGAAGCCUUGAACGGCGCCACGGUCCGCACGCUACACGCGGCUGGAAGACAACAGGUCGUCGCGUCGGGUUCGCCGCGCGCCCGCGUCGACGUCUGCCUCGAGAAGGCUGAUAUCUCUGAAAUCUUCCAGCCGGACCGCGUCUUCACGCGGGAAGACGUGGAGAGGGGCAAGCCCGAGCCGGACAUGUUCCUGAAGGCGGCGGCGUUCUGCGAAACAGAUCCAAAAGAUUGUGUGGUGGUCGAGGACUCGACGGCCGGUAUAAGAGCGGCAGCAGCGGCGGGCAUGGAGUGCGUCGCGUACCUGGGCGGGGGCCACGCGCGGAAGCCGUGGUACGCGGAGGAGAUCUCCGCCAUUCAUGCGGGGCCGGUGGUCUACUCGAGCGAGGAGCUCCUCGAGUUCCUGUCCGAGGAGUAGUAUGUUGAGGGCGUUAAGAAGAAUAGCAAGU